AUGGACUACAACUCAGCCGAUCUGACAUCAGUUCUGCGCACCCUCUCUGCGCUAUCCAACCAACAAUCCCCAGCUUCAUCUUUUGACAUUAUUCCGCCCACUAACUCUCAGGCCUACAAUUCCAAUGACCCCGAAGACAAUGAUCCAUACGAACCAUCAGAAACCCUCCCCUCGGUUCCCGUGACGCGCCAGCAGCAAGCGCAGCAGCAGAAGGCUUUGCCCUUUCAAACCCCCAGCUAUACCCACCCUCCGCGAGCCCAGACAACCCCAAAUGGCACAACAGGUGACUCUUCAUUUAUCACCACUUGGAAUGCCGCUCUCCGCCACGUCAUGCGCACAGUGGCCCAGAACGAGAACCUCCAGAGCCGCAUCCGAUGGUUGAUCCGUCGCCAGCACGACCACGAAAAGCAGUGGUGGCAGGGUCGGGAAGCGUUGGCGAAGAAGCAGCAAGCGCGAACGGAGAAGAAAAAGGAACUCGAUGCUGUGCUACGCUCUGUCGGUGCGCCAGUUGACAAUAACAAAUCAAUCUCGACAGCCGAGGAAGAUCAAGCCGAGCUGACUAACUACGAUGCGAAGGUCUACAGAGCUUCAAGGCAGAUGGCCGAUGCCAUGAUUGCGGAGCUGCGUGCAUUAGGGAUUCCAUUCUUCAGUAUCCGGAAAGACCUGACGCUCAUUACCAGGCACGAUUUGUUGCAGUUGCAACGGCGGAUUCUGGAGUUGUUGUUGGAUCUUUGUGGGGAGCAGUAA